CUGCUAAGCGCCACCGCAGCCGCCCGCCCCGGCGAAGGAGCCGGCGCCGCCCGGGCGAUCUCCAUCACCCGCUCUCCCGGGCGGAGGGGGCCCCGCACUGCCGCUUAGCCCCACGGUGCCCGGGCCGGGGCUCCCACUGCCCGCAGGCGGCAGCGGGGAGGGCGAGGAUGUCGAGCAGCACGGCGAGGAAGGUGCAACCCUUCACCAUCAGCACCAGGCUCUCGCUGCCAAGUGUGCCGCCGACUUCCCCGGGGCCGCCUGCCCCGGCAUCGCCCUCGCCUCCGCCCUGGGACGGCCACCGCGGCCUCCGCCGCAGCAUCAACGAGCGCAUCUCUCUCUACCUGGCCCACGCCCGGGCCGGCCCCGCCGCUCCCGCGGAGCAGCCCCGUAGCCCCGGCCCUGGCGAGGACGGGGGCACCGACGACGACCGGCUGAACCGCAACUCCCUAGCCCGCUCCAUUAAGAAGAUCACGCUGUCCAACGGUACGGGGAGGCUGGCGCGGGGAACGCGGGGAGACCCGGGGACCCUGCCCGGGUCGGCAGCGAGAGGAACCACAACAACAACAACAGCAGGACAGGGAAAGCUCAGUUCAAGGUCUUUCUCAGGAAGGAUGUGGAUGCAGAGGACGAGCAGCAGGAGCCUGGGAAUCUUCAGGCCAGUGUUUUCCGCUCUCCAGUGGACAGAUGUUCUCCCUAUUAUGUGCUGCCAGGAUCCCCAGUGUCGUCACCCCAGAAAGAGAGUCCUAAGGGCAAGGAAUCCGCUGCAGCACCAAGAUGCAGUGGGCGAAGCACAGUGGAGCAGCCCUCCUUCUCGACCCAAGUCCUCUGGUAGCCCAGUUCAACCGGGAGAUGCUUCAGGCAGAGGGCUGGGUGCGAGGCAAGUUGCGGGACCUAAAGGAUGGCUGCGACCUCCAGGACUGGAGGACGUGGCUCAGACCUUGCAGCGGGACAUGAAGGAUUUUGAGAACAGUCUGAUAAAGCUCAACCAGAUGGGCGAGCAGCUGAUGUGGCAGGCAAGCCCCAGUGCUGAGGCAGUGCGGAGGCAGCUGCUGGCCCUGCAGGGUCAGUGGCAGCUCCUGAAGCAGACAGCUGCCAGCCAGAGCAAAGCCCUGGGUGGGCUACGGAGUCUGCAGGACUUCAACAGGAAAGCUGAGCGGCUGGAGGCAUGGAUCAAGCACAAGGAGGAGAAGCCAUCUCUGGCAGCCCUCCUACAGGAAAGCCCAGACAAGAUCCAGCUCACCCGCCGCAUCCUUGACUUGAAGCAGGAGGAGCAGCAGUUCCAGAGUCUGCACAAGGAGGUGAACAGCCUGGCCCAGAAGCUGGAGAAAGCAAGGCAAAAGUGAGAGCAGGAACAUCUCAGCCCGCGCAAGCACCUCAACAAAACGUGGCUGCGGCUGCAGGGGACUCUGAAGGAGCACCACGAGGCUCUGCAGCUGGCCCUGGAGGUGUCCGCCUUCUUCCAGCAAGCGGAUAUCCUGCUCGGGGCCAUUCAUGCAAAG